UGACGCCCUGAGCGGUCACACCUGUGAUGCUUUGCGCCAACCUGCUCCUCUCCUACCUGCAGGUCGGAGGCUAUAAAAGUCCUCCUCCGACCUGCCUCAGCACCGUCUCCUCCUCAGCGCUCCACCGCACGCAGCUUCCGCUCCGAUCGGCCACCGUCCGUCACCAUGAGUUACCCCGGUAUGAGCUCCCGCGGCCUGUCCUCCCGCUCCCUGUCCUCUCUGAGCCUGAAGCGGGCACCGAGCACCUUCAACCUCCCGAUCACCCGCAGCGUGCAGCAGUCGUACGGUUCCAGCGGCGGCUUCGACCUGUCGUCUGCGCUCUCCGGGGACGGCGCCUCCAUCGGCGUCGGGGGCAGCGAGAAAAUGGCCAUGCAGAACCUCAACGAUCGCCUGGCCUCCUACCUGGACAAGGUGCACUCCCUGGAGAGCGCCAACGCGCAGCUGGAGCGUCAGAUCCGGGAGUGGCUCAGCAAGCAGACCCCGGCUGACAGGGACUACAGCAGGUUCGAAGGGAUCAUCGCAGACCUGCGCCAAAAGAUCACUGGUGUUAAGCAGGGUAACGCCGGGCUCAUGCUGCAAAUCGAUAACGCCAGACUGGCAGCCGAAGACUUCAGAAUCAAGUUUGAGAAUGAGCUGGCAGUGCGCAUGUCAGUGGAGGCAGACAUUGGCGGGUUGCGUAAGGUUCUGGACGAUCUGACGAUGGUUCGGUCUGACAUGGAGAUGCAGGUGGAAGGCCUGAAGGAGGAGUUGGUGUAUCUGAAGAAGAACCACGAAGAGGAGCUCGCCACCUUACGCAACCAACUGAACGCCAGCCAUGUGAACGUGGAGGUGGAAGCACGACCCCAGCAAGACCUGAGCCAGUCAAUGCAGGAAAUUAGAGCUCAGUAUGAAGGAAUCGCCGAGAAGAACCGCCGUGAAAUGGAUGAUUGGUACAAGGUCAAGUUUGAUGAGCUGAACAAGCAGGUGACAUCCAGCACAGAGACCCUUCAGACGUCCCGUAACGAGAUCAAUGACUUGAAGAGGACGCUGCAGGCCUUGCAGAUUGAACUGCAAUCUCAGCUCAGCCUGAAAGCUGCUUUGGAGGGACAGUUGGGAGAAACGGAAGCACGCUACAGCCUGCAGCUGAGCCAGCUUCAGGAGAUAGUCAACAACCUCGAGGCCGAGCUCAGCAGCAUGAAGGAGGAUAUCGAGAGGCAUGGCAUUGACUACCAGGAGCUGCUGGACACCAAGACCAAGCUAGAGAUGGAGAUCGGAGAAUACAAACGACUGAUGGAUACAGAGGAUGCUACACAGAAUAAUGAAGGUACAAGUGUUACAACUGUCACGCAUAACCAAUCGAGUACCUCAAGAGAAAUCACAACCAAAACGACUAUAAGUCAAAGAAGAGGAUGGUGAUCGGGUAAAAUGUUUACGGAAAAGUGAUGUCCUACACAGAAGAAGAUGACUGGACACGGGACAGACUGGAUCCAUCCAGAUCUGAGCAUGGGGACAUGGUACUUAAACGGUCGAGAUGUUGGUUAAAUUUUGAAGUAGAUUUGGCUGUUUUUCCAAAUUUAUUCCCGUCAUCUCUGUUUCACGGUGGUGUUUUUUUUUCCAAGGGAACAUAAUAUAAGCAGUUUCAGUGCACUCCUAUAGGUCACUUGGUGUUUUAACAAGAGAUAUUUAAGUUUGUAGCCAAACUGGCAUUGUGAUGAUUUGCCAUAAAAUUCACAAAUAAACAAUUUCAGGUUUCUAAGAAACAGUGUACUUCUGGUCUGUUGCUUUAAAUGGGAGCUGCUGCUGCUGGCCGCGCCCCUGUCAUCACUUCUUUAGGAAAUUCUAAAUGUUAAAAUGUUUAAUUUGUCUAAUUGUGCAGCAUGUAAUAUGUAUGUAUGUAAUGUUCUUUUCUUUGGCGAUAGUUCCAGAUUAUACACUGUAUUUCAAAGCCCACUUAUCCAUAAUAUGGAUGAAAUGAUUAAACACCAAACUGCAUUUGGUGAUGGAGGUGGCCCGACUCACUGCCAUUCAGGAGCCAAGGUAUCCCAUGAUGUGGUGGAGGCUUCGUGUCUUCCUUAAGGACAUUUAACACUCAGGAGCAAUCGGAGAUCAAACCACCAACACAACAUUAAUGAAGAAUCCAUUUUACUGCCUGAUCAAUAGCCUCAAUGCUGCAGUAAUUUUUUUUUAAAAUUAAAGCAAAAUUCCAGGUUUGUGCAGCAUUGAUGGAGGUUCAAAGAUAUUCAUGUAUUCUGUGUUAAAGAUGCCUUGCUUAUUAAAAGAUAUGAGGAUA